AUGUCACAAUUUCGCUACACAUUUCAUGAUAGACCAACCAAAUAAAUGCAUUUAUUGUAUCACUACAUCAUAUCAAACCCUGUACAGUGUGAUACGAAAAAUAAAUCUUGAUAAGGGGUAAGAUAACAGUCCGUAACCAUUGAAGUAAUUUUAAAGCGCAGGAGAUAACGGGACUCGGAUGCUGAGUGUAUAGUUUGCAGUAAUGAGACAUGUUUGACAACCCCUUUGUACAAACAUUUUAAUUUAAAUGGCAACAGCACAACCAUCAUGCGAUAUUUCCCUUAACCUGCACGUGACUAAAUCUUCCAGCGUUUGGUGUUCCGAAUGUGAAGAAGCGAUAUGUCAAGACUGCGAACAAAGACAGAAAGCGACUAAAAAUCACAAGACAAUACCAAUAGAAGAUAAUCAAGAAUUACAAAUGUCUAUUACCAACAUCAAGCUGGAAUGUGAAGAUCACAAUCGAAAGUUGGAUUUCUACGGUUUCAUUCACAACGAACCUUGUUGUACGCGUUGUGUUUUAGAAAAACAUAAAGACAAUUGGUACACCAUAUCCGGAUUUCGACAAUUAAUGUCUCUUCAGUGAUGUUAGGAGUUGAAACGGAUUUUGGAAGGCCAUAUAAUUUACCUCAAUUUAGGAUAGAUUCUUCAAUUUUGAUUUGAAGAGUCGAAAUAAGAUGAACGGAUCAUAUAAACCCGAAGCCAAAUAUAUUACAUGCCCAAACGAAAAAAAUAAAAACAAGUCUAAAUUGAAAUUAACGUUCAAACCUAUGUUUGCAUGAAAAAAAACCGCAAUUUUUAUACGUGUGCAUGCAAAAAAACAUUUCUUCGUAGAGGACUCAGCACAAACAACCUUUUCCAAAAGACCAAAACAGUGAAAAGUUUAUUUUAACAAAACGCAGUUGAAUAGCACGUCGGACAACGGAUGUUCUUAAACCCUGCUGAGUGCCAUUGGCGAUUGCCAAAUAAACGAAUCACCAGAUGUAACAAAAUGGAUCUUAACUAUUAAUUUUGUACCAAACAGAAAACAAUAAACUUGCGGAAAAGAUGGUAUAUCGCAAACAAAAGGUGCAAAAAUUAGUACAGCAUAUCCGGAUUUCGACAAUUAAUGUCUCUUCAGUGAUGUUAGGAAUCGAAACGGUAUUUGGAAGGCCAUAUAAUUUACCUCAAUAUAGGAUUGACUCUUGAAUUUUGAACAAUAAAAGAAAAACAAAUAUGAAAGAUAGCUACCAAGAGCAACCACUGAAUUACAGGCUCCUGACUUGGAAUAGACACAUACAUAAUGUGUCAUGCCUACACAUGCUUAAAACUUAGUAGUGUAACUGCACAACAUCAAAACAAGCUGUAACAUUUUUUUGUAAAGAGCUUGACUCAUUCGAUCAACACAAAGCACCAACAAAACUCGUAAAAAGACAAGAGAAUAAAGUACCGAUCUAAGAGUACUUGCAGCUACUAAAAGCCAAUUCAAAUUCAAUUUCAACUUAAAGCCAGACUACAUUUCAGUUUGGUGAACCUGCUUGCAAUGUCAAUUUCUUUAUAUUCAGACCACAAUCCGGAAUGGAAAAAAUAAACAUUAAAAUGUUUAAAUUAACCAAUCCUUUUGGUCUGUUUAUAAAGGGUCUCCUUUGACAGCAUAAGGAUACAAGUCGUUUCAGGAAGGUUAAACAGUCUAGGGAAUAAGCUUAGUCAACUUGUAUUUCAAUAUAUUGAAAGUUGUUAGGGUCAAUCAACGUCGUUCCACAUAUUAAAAAGUUUAUUCAGUAAAUUUAUUGUUUCAAGUAUGAACCAAAGAAAAUGUAAAUUGAUAUACUUAUAUAGUGUUGGCACAAUAUAUAAAACUUUCACUAUAUAUAUAUUAAAAGAAUGUAUCUGAAUUUUUCCUUAAGAUUUUAAAGUUAUACAUAUUUGUUUGAAAAUUUUAAGUGGACCUUGGAAACCAAUUUAACUGAAACUGAACUGUAUUUUCUGGCAACGACAUGAUUGUUGUCCUGUCAAGAGAAAGCUAAAUUCUUUGAUAGUCUAUUUCAUAAUUGUGUUUAAAUCCAAUACCAACCAUCUAUAAUGAUUGACUUUACUAUCAAGUGUGUCUUUUAGGGGACAAGCAUUGGUUUUCCCACCUUCAGGCCGGGAGCAGGACCAUUGCACCCGGCUCUCACCUUCCUCGUUUCGACUUGUCUCAACAAUAAACAAUUAAUCAACCAUGUUUCAAUUUCACGACAUACUACAUCACGGUCUGCCUUACCAAUUCGUGUAAAAACUAUACGCCGGUAUAGACUGAGGUAAAUCACAUUAGUCUUCAAAUAAGUUACAAUUCUGGUUUUUUGAUUAUCCAUUUAACCAGAGACCUAUAUAAUAUAUUUCUCCAAUUCAACGCAUAGUUCAGUGGAUCAUAUAACGAUACUGUUAUUUUUAUAAUCACUCAAAAAUACUGGCCUUAACAUUACAAGUUUAUAUUAACCACUUUGAAAGUCACGUGUGAAUAAUCGUAUAAAUACUAUAAUGGCCUGCGAAUAGUAUUUCCUUGUUUAUUAAGAGAAAAAUAAUCACAAAAGAGGAAAAAGGAACAAAUGAAGAACCGUGUGAGAUUGCUUUGAUGUGACACAUUUAACAACCAUCGUUAUUUUUAUUAAAAUGGCAACAAAAUAUCCAACGUGCGAUAUUUGCCUGAACCUGCAUGUUACAAAAUCUGCCAGCGUUUGGUGUUCCGAAUGUGAAGAGGCGAUAUGUAAAGAUUGCGAACCAAGACAUCGGACACAGAAAGCGACAAAAAACCACAAGACAAUAGCAAUUGAAAAUUAUCAAGAAUUACCACUAUAUAUUGCCGACAUCAAGCUGGAAUGUGAAGAUCAUAGUCAAAAGCUGGAUUUUUACUGUUCUGUUCAUAGCGAACCUUGCUGUACACGAUGUAUUUCAGAAAACCACAAAGACUGCCGCGAACUAAAACCAUUACCGGAAGUAGUUGACGGAGUGAAGUCGUCUGCAGCGUUCGUCGAUUUAGAGGACAGAGUGAAAGACUUGAGUCAAGUUAUAAGCCAAAUAAUUCAAGAAAAAUUAGACAAUAAAUCGAAUUUAAAAGGUCAAAGAAAGACAAUUAUUAACGAGGUUGAACGUGUCCGAAAAACAAUAAACACACAUUUAGACACAAUACAAGAUGCACUGCUGAAUACGCUUGGGGCAAAUGAAAGACGACAAGGAGAUGGCAUCGAUCGCCUAGUUGAAAAACUCGGAAAAAUGAAAGCAAAUGUUGAUGAAAUAGCGAAUGGUUUGGAGAAAACGAAGAACCAUGCGUCCAAUUUUCAGACUUUUCUUGGUGUAAAUAAAUGGAUCCGAGAGAUUGAAAAUCAAGAGAGGGAAGUAAGAUCAGCUCAAAGUGACCAGAGUAUGGCUAAUGUUGGUAUACAAAUAGAAAUGAAUCCAUUGCUAGAUACGUUAGAAACAGAUAUAUCCGAGUUUGGGAAGUUGGAGGUUAUUUUUUUACAACCGCCGAAACUUGUUUUAUGGAAAGAACAACAAGGACAAGCGCUAUUUUUCCCAUCGUCGCAGUUUAUUAGAAGAAUUAAACUUUCCACAAAUCGUUCAUUUGACAUACCGAAGGGUGAGUCAGAAUGCACGAUAACAGGAUGUGUAAUGUUUGAGGACGGACGUAUUGUAUUUUGCGAUUGUAAUGAAGUAAACAAAAGACUUAUUGUAAUGAAUGAAGAUUGUUCUUUAAACAAAGAGAUAAAAUUUGAAGAUAGACCGUUAGACCUUACUAUAGUAGACCCAAAUACAGUAGCGUUCACAGUGCUUGAAAAGAAACUUAUUAUUAUGGUAGACGUAAACACAUCCAAGAUAAAACAGACAAUACUUCUAAAUGGAAACUGUUAUGGGAUUUGUUGUAUAGAAGAAAAACUCGUCGUUUGUGUCAGUGGCAAAAAAAUAUUAAUCGUAGAUUUAUCUGGCAAUGUCUUAUCGACCGUAUUACAAACGAAUGCUGCAACAUACUGUUCAGUAAUGAACGACAAGAUUUAUUAUGCAGCACACUCACAUGAUGUUGUAUACUGUUCUGAUUUGAAUGGAAGCGCUAAGUGGAAAUUCAAUUGUGAAACAUUAGACUAUCCAUUUGGUAUAACAAACGCUGCAUAUGGAGAUAUUUUCGUGACAUGUAGGAACGCCAAUAAGGUCAUUGUGAUUGAAUCUGAUGGGAAUGAGUCUAGACUGUUGCUUACCAGGGAGGAUGGGUUACAACACCCAAGGGCAAUCCAUUACAACCAUAAAAGAGACAUGCUACUUGUCUGUAAUGAAUCAGGACAAUGUUUCAUGUACAAAAUUACAAACUAACUCAUGACAGCAGCUAUUAAAUCUUCCGAAAAAGAAAUAUCGACUGUUGUGAAUAAACGCUGAUUGACAGUAAGGCAGUAUAUUUGAAACUUAACUUCAUAUAGAUAUGAAUGUAUUGGAUAUUUGAUGCAUACAUUUGAUAUGUACCUGCUGCCUCAUUAAAACAGCAUCACAACGAAAAAUAGAAAUAAAUCUAGAAGACGACCUACGAUUUUCAACAAUAGCACCACUGUAAAUUAUAAAAAAAAAACAGCCCUCUCGUCGACCCAUAUUAAAGGAAAAAAACACAAUAAAUUACAGUUCACCCUUUAGCUACCAAGGAAAAUCUAAAUAAAACUGUAUUUUACUGAUGUUUCUGUAAUAAAUUGUCUAGGUACUCUAGAGGUCAAUAGCUUCAUAUACCCAUAUUUUCUAACAUAAGGAACAAUAAACAAUGACAAUACAGAA